AUGUUGGUAUAUUUAUCUUGUUAUCAGUGUGACAAUGCAUCGAGACCCAACUCGUGUACAGUCGAGUUCGUUAGUUAUGAAGAAAAUUAUCCAAUCAGAUCAAUGGCGAUUCCUGCAGAUAAUCAAAUGCCGAUUUCACUAUCCAAAAAGUCGACGACUGCUGAAGCUUGGAUUGGAGGUUUGGUGUCUGUUGGCAUCAUAAGUCUAUCGGGGCUGGUUGGUGCAAUAUUUUGGCCUUUGCUCAACGACCCAAAUCGAAAGAAAACUGUAAUGAGACUACUUUUGGGCUUAGCCACAGGAUCAUUAUCUAGUUCAGCUGUAUUCCAACUUCUUCCAGAAGCGUUCAAAAUACCAGAGUCAUUUCCCGACUACAGACACACGGCUCUAAUAAUGUGGUUGAGCCUGUGGGGAUUAUAUAUGCUCGAAACGUUAGCCGGCAUCAUUUUCCACAAAGAAGAAAAAAAGAUAGGCAUCGACGAAUUAUCGCCGUCACUUCAGCUCACCAACGGCAACGGCACCGAAAUGAAACAAAUAUCGCAUGGGCACGGUCACAGUCACAAUCAUAAAUUAACGAAUAAAUCUAUGGACGACGAGAGUCCGAUUUCGACGUUAGCUUUACUGGUGCUGUUCGGCGACAGUCUACACAACAUAAUCGAUGGCAUGUCGAUUGGUGCUGCUUUCUCGGAAAAUGUCACCACCGGGAUAUCCAUAUCGAUUGCGAUUGCGUGUGAGGAAUUCCCGCAUGAAAUCGGAGAUUUUGCUAUCCUAAUUCAGUCCGGUUUGGUCAUUGGUAUUUGUUUGGGAAACAUGGAAUAUUCUGGAUUUGUAUUCUCUUUCGCCGGUGGACUGUUCUUGUUCAUUACUUUAACACAUUUGACACCUGAAAUGAAGAGUAUGAUCGAUGAAAACCUGACUGAAAGCAAAUCGUCUGCAUACAGUGGCCUGCUAUUGCAAAACAUUGGGAUGUUGACUGGCGCUACUCUGAUGUACAUCAUCACGUUUUCGGGUUUCAUGAAAAUUUAA